AUGCAAAAAACUAUUCUAUACCUUCUGUCAGCUUGCUCAGCUGUUCUCGCCCAGAACCCUGUGCUCUUUGACUCUUAUACCGAUGCAAGAUGUGCUGGUGGAAUCGUUGUUGGGACCACAGUUGUUCAGCCAGGCGAUUGUACCAGCUCCACUGCAGCAUUUGCCAGUGCUCAGUAUAGAGGCAGCCAAUUCGACAAUGUUCAGCAGCCUGUCUCAUUUUAUAGCGACGAGAAUUGCAUAAAUGAGAUUACGGGAGUCGCAAGUGAGCUGGGCGAUGGUUACAACUGCUUUACUUUCAACAACGGCCAAGCAAAGAGUGCCAAGUGGUUGGCAUAG